AUGCCCUCGGGUAUUUUUUCUGUGAAAAGCCUUAAAAACAGUUUACAAACAGCACGAUUCACGGAUCUAGGGAAUGACUUUGCGUGGAACAACUGGAAUCCAACCAAGGUAAAUUUUUUAGCUUGGAGAAUAUCUCUAAAUCAGGUGCCAACGCUUGCCGCGUUAGCCUGUAGAAACGUUUUUACGGGUCAAAUCCGCUACAGAUUAUGGGGUCAGCAUGAUGAAGAUGUGGAUCACUUGUUUGUGAGCUGUGAAGUGGCACAAUUUGUAUGGAAUUUUGUGUCACAUUGGUGCAAGAUGUCAAGUAUAUUUGCCUUUAGAGUAAAAGAUCUGCUAGAUUGGCAUAAGCAUGUUCAGGGGUGUAGAAAAUGGAGGAAAUUAGCGUAUGCAGUCAUGCAGGUGGCACUAUGGGUAGUGUGGAGAAGUAGGAAUGAUUUGGUAUUCAAUGACAAACAAAUAAACCUUGAUCAGAUGACGAACGAGAUAAAGCAAAUUGGGGUUCUUAUAGAUUGGUAG